CACACGACAUUCAAAAUUCGUGACUCGCAGAGGGUCGGGUCAGGAUCAGGCGUUCAUGCAUCCUCGUGCCAGAUCAGCUCAGCCGCUCGCCUACCUGGUGGACGUUGCUCUGCUCGUACAUCAUCAUCUCGAGUGAGACAUUGAUCUGUUAGAGGCGAUUAUUGGAGUUCUGCUUAAUUGCAACACAACGGACCAAACACAACGUGCUGGAAGGAUUUAUGCAGAACAGGCAAAUGUCUCAAGGUGCAGCUGCACCUCCCUCAGCAGGCACGAUGAGGGCCCUCGUCAUCAAGGCCCCAUACCAGGUGGUUGUGGAGGACAGACCGAUCCCGGUGCCAGAAGCUGAAGAGGUGGUGGUCAAGGUGGAAGCUGCUGCGCUUUGCGGUAGCGAUCUGCACAUUUACAGGGGCCAUCAGCCCGUGGCCAAGUACGACUUUGUGCUAGGACACGAGCUGACAGGUGUAGUUCACUCUGUAGGCUCGUCCAUACAGAAUUUCAAAAUCGGUCAAAAGGUGGUGUCGCCUUUUACAAUCAAUUGCGGAUCCUGCUUUUUCUGCGAGAGAAAGCAGACGGCGAGAUGCGUCAAGAGCAGAGUGUAUGGAAGCAAUGCGAUGGAAGGCGUUCAGGCUGAGUACGCUAGGAUCCCAUUGGCGGACACUACGCUGUUUCCUGCUCCUGCUGGUGUGAGCGAACAGGUGCUCAUCCUCAUGGCCGAUAUCUUUCCCACCGGCUUCUUUGUCGCUCAAAAUGCAGCCAAAAUGCUCGGAGAGGCGGAGCGCAAGGAUACGACUGCCGUGGUGAUCGGUUGCGGACCAGUAGGCUUGUGCGCCGUCACAGCAGCCAAGCAUUUCUUCGACCACGUCUACGCGAUCGAUAGCGUGCCUGCUCGGCUAGACCAAGCAGCUAAGCACGGAGCCACACCUCUGCACCUCCACUCUUCCGAUCCCGACGUGACGAGUCGCAUCAAGCAAGCGACGGGUGGCAGAGGCGCAGACGUGGUGCUGGAAGUGGUCGGCAACCCCUCUGCGCUGGAUCUGGCCAUUGGGCUGGUCAGAAACUUUGGAGUGAUCAGCAGUUGCGGUCUGCACACCCACGAGUUGAAGUUGAAGGGACUGGAUCUGUAUAACAAAAAUAUUCGCUUCCAAUUCGGACGUUGUUCAGUCCGCGCCAUUUUUCCGGAAGCUCUCGAGCUGCUGAAGAAGAAUGCUGAUCUCUUCGAGUCCUUUGUGGAGAAUACAGUGUCGAUCGAGGAGGCUCCAAAGUGGUAUGAGCUGUUUGAGCAGCAAAAGUGCCUUAAGACUGUGUUCACCUUCAGCAGCCCGUCAGCCGGAUCUGCUGAAGCUGCCACUGCGGCCACGGCUCGUACAGACCAAAGCGUAGCAGCAUCGUCUGCAGCUGCCGGAACGUCAGCAGCAAAGGAGUCGCCGGAACACCCUGUUCAACGAUCCGAUUGGCUCCAAGCUUAUGCCCCUCCCAGAGCGCGAAGCGAGCAUCCUUUGCGUACUGUGACAGCUGAGGAGCUCAAAGACAUGUUGCAAAAGCAGGAAACGGCUCAUGGACACGCAGCUCAAAAGGCGCUGGUCAUUGACGUAAGAAGAUCCGACUGCGAGUCCUUGAUCCCCACCGCUAUCAACCUGCCAGCUCAGACUUUACCGCUCUCGCUGCCAUCCCUCCUCUUGCACCUCUCCUCUGUCCCACUGGUCGUGUUCCACUGCAAAGCCUGCUCGUCGCCAACGAGCAGGGGCGUGCGCUCGGCCGGAUGGUACGCCGAUGCGCUGCAGGACAAAUUGGGAUUGACGGACGAGCAGACGGCGCAGAGAGUGGCUGUGCUCCAAGGAGGCAUCGUAGCUUGGGAAGCAAAAUUCGGUGCAAAGUCGCUCGACACCCGAGGGCAACUUGCAUUGGAAGGCUGGGAAGCCAGACAGCCAUGAUCACGCUGAACAGUCCCUUCAUAUUACGGCUACCACUCUCCUCACUGCUUCUUGUCGUAAGUCUCACGCGCCUCAUCGCUGCGUUGUGAAAGACGGCUACGGAGCGUGGGCAUGCCAGACCCGUCUCUGUGCACGCUUCGGAAACAUGAUCGAAUUCGCGGCCAUCAUACUGCAGGUCUACGUGGCCUGAUGAGAUCUGCGCUGCCCGCUUGAGUCGAGAACACCUUCAAUAUGAAUUACGCUUCGAAGAGGUAGAGUCUUGCUUCGAGGGGACCUAGCAGAUGACCAGAGGCAUUCUGGGUAGCUAGCGCUGCCUCCUGAGUUUGAUCAACCUCGACGCGCGUCAAAUCCAAUUUCACCUCCUCGAAACCCCAAUUGCCC